AUGCACAGUCAGGAGCAGAUCGCCAUCUUCCCCUUUGCUCUUCCUGAUCCGGUCCAGCACGCCAAUCCGUGGGCUGCGCUGGCCAGACCGCAGAUCAUUGGUAAUGUCGAAUCUUCCAGUUUCUCGCAAUGGGCCAUCUGUCGCCCGAACAGCGAUGUCUCAACUCGUGUACUGUAUUCUUCGUGGAACCUCGGCUUAAAAUCUACAAACGUGCUAGCAGUCCGGCGAGAAGAGAAUCAUGCGCCCACUGAUACUAAAGCGUCCAGCUCCGCUCCGUGGCCAGGCAUCUUCUUUUUCCUCAUCUUUAUUCAUCUCUUCCCUGCCGCCGUCUGCACCUGCAUCUGCACACCCGCGCUACUUGUGUUAUUUGGCUACGACGUCAUCAUCCACGGCUUUGCUGUAUCGUGA